CUCGACCUAUGACGUCAAACCUCUGCGCCGACCACGUGGGAAGGUUUUUUUUGCCGAGGUAGCAAAACAUCCGCAGUGCCGCUCGCUGGUCUGGCAGCGAGUAUGAAAACAACUUUAUUUUCUUCAUUUCUGGCGUGAAACAAUCUGAAAAAGGGCCCUCAGCGGUUUCGCUCCCACAGUCACUUUUUCCAGAACAUGCCUCACGACCCCGACCCUCCUCCGGCUAAAAGAUUCAAGCCGGGAUCCGUGUUUUUCCGCCUCGAUAAGAACAAGCCUGGAAUGCUGCUGCCUAGAAAGGGAAAUGCGAGCACUCCGAUAGACGUCCAGAGGAAGCAGCUUCCCAUCUAUCAAGCGAAGCCUCAGCUCCUGAGCCAGCUGAGGCAGCUGCACGGUGCUGUCCUCAUAGGUGAGACCGGCUCUGGGAAGACCACUCAGAUCCCUCAGUAUCUGUACGAGGCUGGCAUCGGCCGGCUGGGCAUGAUCGCUAUCACUCAGCCCCGAAGAGUUGCUGCCAUCUCACUGGCAGGAAGGGUGGCAGAGGAGAAGAGGACUCAGCUGGGGAAGCUGGUUGGCUACACGGUGCGUUUCGAGGAUGUCACCUCCCCUGAGACAAAGCUGAAGUUCAUGACUGAUGGUAUGCUCCUGCGCGAGGCCAUCGGAGACCCCCUGCUGCUGCGCUACACUGUGGUGGUCCUGGAUGAAGCUCAUGAGCGCACUGUGCACACCGACGUGCUCUUUGGUGUGGUUAAGACGGCUCAGCGCAGGCGCAAGGAGCUUAACAAGAUUCCCUUGAAGGUCAUAGUGAUGUCGGCCACGAUGGAUGUGGAUCUGUUCUCCGAGUACUUCAACAAGUCCCCCGUGUUGUACUUGGAAGGCAGGCAGCACCCCAUUCAGAUCUACUACACCAAACAGCCACAGUCAGACUACCUGCAGGCUGCUCUGGUCUCCAUCUUCCAGAUCCAUCAGGAGGCUCCUUCAUCACACGACAUCUUAGUCUUCAUGACGGGCCAGGAGGAGAUUGAGGCACUGGCGAGGACGUGUCGGGACAUUGCCAAGCAUCUGCCUGACGGCUGUGGCCCGAUGGUAGUUAUCCCACUAUAUGCAUCUCUGCCCCCAACACAGCAGCUCAGGGUCUUCCUGCCAGCUCCAAAGGGCUGCAGGAAAGUCAUUCUCUCCACAAACAUCGCCGAGACAUCAGUUACAAUCUCUGGGAUCAAAUACGUCAUAGACACGGGGAUGGUGAAGGCCAAACGUUUCAAUCCAGACAGCGGCCUGGAGGUGUUGGCGGUGCAGCGUGUUUCCAAAGCGCAGGCGUGGCAGCGAGCAGGCCGGGCUGGCAGGGAGGACUCUGGCUUCUGCUAUCGUCUUUACACUGAGCAGGAAUUUGACAACCUCGUCCCCACGACUGUUCCUGAGAUUCAGAGGUGUAACUUGGCAGGUGUGAUGCUGCAGCUCAUGGCUCUGGGGAUUCCAGACGUGACAAACUUUGAUUUCAUGUCCAAACCUUCUCCAGAGGCCAUCCGUUCUGCUGUGGAUCAUUUGGAGCUGUUGGGAGCUGUGGAGAAGAAGGACGGGCAGGUGUUCCUCACCACUCUGGGAAAGAAGAUGGCGAGCUUCCCUCUGGAGCCCAGAUAUGCCAAAACCAUCCUGCUGUCCCCGGACUACUCGUGUUCUGAGGAGAUUUUGAGCAUCGUGUCGCUGCUGUCUGUGGACACCGUGCUGUACAACCCUCCGGCCCGGCGGGACGAGGUGCUUGCAGUGCGCAAGAAGUUCAUGUCCAGUGAAGGAGACCACAUGACGCUGCUAAACAUUUACAGAGCGUUCAAGAAAGUCAGUGGCAACAAGGAGUGGUGUCGGGAGAACUUUGUCAACAGCAGGAACAUGGGCCUCGUGAAAGACGUCCAGGCACAACUUAAAGAAAUCUGCCUUAAGCUGAACCUGAAACUGGAAUCAUGUGGAGCAGACACGGCGAGCGUUCGCCGCUGCCUUGCCCACGGGAUGUUUGUCAACGCUGCAGAGCUGCAGCCCGACGGCAGCUACUUGGCUCUAGACACCCACCAGCCCGUGGCCAUCCACCCGUCCUCCGUCCUUUUCCAGGCCAAGCCAGCGUACGUGGUCUUCAACGAGCUGCUGCACACCUCCCGCUGCUACAUGAGAGACCUCUGUUUGGUCGACGCCGACUGGCUGCUGGAUGCAGCGCCCGAGUACUUUGGCCGCAAGCUCCACCUCAACAAGAGCUAACCAACAAAGAAACGGGCCUCCUGCCACAAAGACUCUUAUUGCAAGUUGGUGCAGAACGUUCGCUGUGUCGUAAACUACUCUGGAUUUCACUACCUCCCAGUUGACAAGCAUUGGGCAUGUGUCACUGAAGCAGAAGUCUGCAUAUCGAAGCUUGACUUCCUCCGGACUGUCAUUCCAAUUUUAUGAGCUGUAAUUUCUUCUUCUCGUCAUUUAGCCACACGGUUGGCCUGAAAAGCCAGUUUGCUUUGAAGUGUCUUGCUUUGAUUCUUUCAGUAGUUGCAUGCAGUUACACAGCACAGGUAACCUCAAAGGAGCACAGCACGGGGCUGUUCUCCACCAUGUUCUUCUUCAUUGCUACCAAAUAGCCAUGGAAACGCUACAGCAGACAGAUCAGUGGCUGCUCUACUCUGAAGGAUGAGUUUUUCAGGAGCUAAGAAAAGCACUCUGAUUGUUUGGGGUCUACAUGAAGUGGUCUUACAGGGGUUUCUUUAUGCAGUCAAAGUAGAUUUGUUUCAGUCUACUGUCAGCUGUUCCCUUAUUCACAACAUGAAAAACAAACGCAGCGUGUCACACUGACAUGGUUUCACUUACACAGCCUUGUUAGCUCGUGCAUGCUCUUCUUCCCAUCUGCAGUCGUGUCACCGUCCAGCAUGCCUUCCUCUCCAGGUUCUGCUCGUUGCUGUUGGUCGUGCAGAUGCCCACGCAGUCACCACACGUACGUGCAGACGCGUGCAGCGCGUGGAGAAUCUUUUCAGCGAUCCGAUCGCUCGGCUCCGUCACGCUUCGUAGAAUGUAAAUGACGGCGUGUUGAUGAACAGGACGGAGUGUCUUUUUUUUUACACGUUGGACUCAGGAUUGUAAAAUAUAACCUGAAUAAAAUAUACAGUUUCUAACUUUGUAGUCAAACGCUGAAUGCUUUAGAGAAUUAUCAAAAGAUCUGAUCUGCAUGAAGUUUAUUGGAACGAAUGCACGCCUGCCGGGGCUCCUCUCUGCGUGGAUCAUCUGAUCCUAAUACAUGUUUGUUACAUAUUCUAAUAAAAACGAAUCCACCUGACUCGGCACACGUCAGUCAGGUUCUAACAUGUGUUUAGUGUUGUUGUGUUAUGGCCAUAGUAUGGUUUAAGCACUGUGCGGAAGUCUUGAGCCACCUCGUUUUUAAAAACAUUUUGCUUCCAAGCAGACGACCUAAGUGCUUUUGAGCAAUAGUUCUCCAGGCUAAGCUCUCCGUUGGAUGCUGGAUGCUUUUUCACUCAUUUUCAGUUCUGACCAUUUUCAAAGGAACGUUUUGGGUUUUUUUAAAUUAUUAUUCAAGUCUCUUAAACAGCCAACACUUUGCAUAACUUUGAGGAAGAAGCCAGUGUUGUCUCCACAUACAACCUGUCAUAUCUUUAGACGCUGUGUUACUAUAUCAUUCGCUCCCAUUUCUUUAUUUGAAUCAACAGAAAAUGCCAAAGAUGACAUUUCCUCCAGGGGCUCGUGUUAUGAUGGAGUUAUGAUUUUGACCCACCAUGCAAUACUAUCAGAAGAGUAGUGUGUUUGUUUUUUUUAGCAUAUUGGUCACAAACACUCUGCCAAUGCAGUAAAAGUAGACCUGGAUAGAAAAGCACGCAACAGCGCACCAUCAGUCGUGGCCUGACGUCUCCAUCGCUGAAGCAGUGAAGCAGCCGACAUGCAAAGAAGAGCUUUGAAUGUCCGUUAAGAAGCCCGGAUGACUCUUCCUGAAGACUACUCAAAGAAAUGGCAAGACUUGUCUAAGAGAGUUUAGGCUGUGAUGAAGAAUAAAGUGUUCAUACCAAAUAUUUGGACUUUCAAGCUCAUUAGAAGUGCACAAACUUAUGUUUCUUUAUGUUUCAAUGGACUUAUUUCCCAUUGUAGUAGCAAAACAGAAAUGAGAAGCGUCUCAAGACUGUGUUCAUUGAGUCACUUCAGGUACACAGGAUCUCCCUGCUGCCGUUCAAAGACAGGUUCACAGACGCUGUCUGCGGGCUGUUGAAACACUGGAAAGCAGCUCCAUCUGCUGGCGGGAGGGAUUCACAUGAUGCACCUGAUCAGCGAAGUGUCUGUUUUACUUUGGCUGAUGCACCCCCGUCCUUAGGAACCUCAGUCGAUCAUGUAUGCACACACACUGAAACGGGAAAUUCCUACAAAUGCACUACGGUAAACCAAUCGAAAUAAACCCCCACAAGCUUUUCAGUA